CCAGUUGAAACAGAGGCUAUAAAACCAUAAUGAAGAGUCUGAAGGCAAAGUUUAAAAAGAAUGAGAGUCAGGACUGGAGUAAAAGUGAUGAAAGGCUACUGCAGGCUGUGGAACAGAAUGAACCUGACAAAGUCUCUGCUCUCAUCGUCAAAAAGGGUCUCUGUCCCACCAAACUGGAUGCUGAGGGAAAGUCAGCGUUCCACCUCUGUGCAACCAGAGGAAGGCUUGAUUGCCUGGAGAUCAUCAUUUCUCAUGGAGCAGAUCUCAAUGUGGUUGAUGGAGCUGGUUGCAGUGCCCUUCAUCUUGCAGCCAAAAAUGGACAAUCAGAGUGUCUGAAAAGACUCUUACAGGAGAGACUGGCAGUAGACUGCACUGACAGUAUUGGCAGGACACCACUCCAUCAUGCAGCCGUCAGUGGCUGCUUGUCUUGCACUGAGACGCUUUGGGAUUUUAAAGCCAAUAUAGAUGUCCAGGAUGGGGAAGGGGCCACCCCGCUGAUGUUAGCAGCCCAAAUGAGCAGAGUGGAGCUGGUUUCGUUUUUGUUGGGACGAGGUGCCAAUGGGAACAUACAGGACAACCAAGGAAGAUCUGCACUGAUGCUGGCCUGUGAGGCUGACAGUGUUGAGACUGUGGAAGCCCUGCUGAGAGGUGGAGCCAACACACAGCUGGAUGAUGCCCUUGGGCAUAAAGCAUCUGACUACAGUGAAACCACAGGCAACCAGCACAUCCUGAAGAUGUUGCUAGAGGGAGUACCUCCAGCUUCAGAGGGCGCAGGCGAGGAGCCCCCUCAUCCCCCCUCAGUCACCUCAUCACUGCAAGGGGGGACUACACCCCGCAAACGGAAAGCUCCUCCACCUCCCCGGUCUCCUCUUCAGGUCCAGAAUUUAGCACCUUCUCCACAGCCUCGGACUAAUGCUCCCCCCGUCCCGUCCCCUGAACCUCAGUCUCAGUCUCCUUCUGCCUCUCCUCAACCCACAGAAACACAACCGUCAGCCCAGCCAGAGGAUGAGGAAGUGUUUGAGGAGAUUCGACGUCUGCGUCUAGAAAGAGGUCGACUUCUCCAGAAGAUAAAAACCUUGGAGCAGCAGCAGCAGACCGCCCUCUCUGCCUUAGAGGAGUUAUCAGAACUGAAGCAGCGUCUGCAACAGGCAGAGGCAGAGAGGGACAAGCUGCUGGAGGAGCUGAAGGGAGGCCAUGGUAUCGGGGCUAGUGACUCUGAGGACAUGGAUGAAAUGCUGGACUUCCCAGAAAAGCUCCUCUCUAAACGUUCCAGAGCCUCCCCUGCUCCGGAUGAUGGUGCUUCUCAAGGGAACACAGACUCAACCAACCCCUCUCCUGCCCCUGCAGACCCAGGAACUGUGGCUGAGCUGCGCAAACAAAUAGAGGAACUCGCUUCACAAAACUCUGAACUCGUUCUCAAAGUGCAGAUGCUGGAGAUGUUUGAAAAGGAUGAUACUGACAUGCAGACUACCAGCCUAGAUUCUGUCCCUCUAACUCAGUAUGAGACCCUUAGGAAGGAGUUUGAAGCCCUUCAGGAGCGCUUGUCUCAGGCCCAGGGUUCAGAUGAGGUGUCCAGCAUGGCAGAGGACCGGGGGGAUGAGAAGUCUCAGGGAGGAGGUGCAGAUGCAGAGACUGUAGAGGCUCUGAAAGAAAAGCUGCUUGGGCUGGAGGAGCAGUUGGCCUCCUCACAAACCGAACUGGAGGAGUUGAAGGAGCAAAUGCGCCUUGGUGUUCUAUCUGUGGAGUGUAGUGAAGGGGAUUCUCCUGCAGCAGGUGCUGGGACAGUUGGUGGGUCUGGGGCUGCAGAGGAGGCACAGACGCUCAGGGCAAGAGUGACUGAGCUGGAGGAGGAGCUUGCAAAGAGGCAGGGCGAGGCACAGGGUCAGAGCAGCCAGGAGAAUGACACAAUCAAACAGCUGACAGAGAAAGUAAAAGAGCUGCAGGCUGCCCUGGCCCAGAAAGAGCCUACAAAGGAGGACGGGGAGAAAGACACAGAAGGAGAAGACGAAGACAAAACCGUCAAGUGCCUCCGAGACAAAGUGUCUGAGUUGGAGGCAGCCCUGGCAGAGAGCAGGACAGAGAGAGGAGCAGCAGGCAGUGGAGAAGGAGAUCAGGUCCGUCGCCUGCAGGAGCGUUUGGGAGAGCUAGAGGCUGAGCUGAGAAAAUGUGUUCCCCGCUCCGAGUUGGAGGAAGUGCAGGUAACUCUGGGACUGCAGUGUGAGCAGCUGGCCAGGGAGAGAGCCGAGGUGGCCCGAAGGCUCAACGAUGCUCUCCUGGAGCUGGAGAGACUCCGACCUCCUCCACAUGGAGAUGAGGAAGAGGAGGAGGAAGAGGAGGAACACUCAGGCAGCUCAGAGCCCUCAGUCAUAUCAGACCACUCCAGGCAGACGUUAGCGGCAGUCAGAGAAGAACUGGAGGUGGCGAGGCAGGAGGCAGCCCAGGCCCUGGACUGCCUGUGUGCAGAGCGGGAGGGUAGAGCCCAGGAGCUGAAAGAUGCUGUGCCGCUGUCCAAACAUAAGGAGGCCCUGUCUGCAGUAUCAGAACAGCUAGCUCAGACACUGCAGGAGCUUCAGGAGGAGAAGACCCUGCGAGGCCAUGCUGAGGAGCACGCUGCCAGACUGGAGGCCAAACUGGAGGCAAUGCAAGAUACAGUAUCCAAAGAGGAGUACGACAAAGUCAAGGCAGAGCUCCAGCGCAUCCUGCAGGCCAGUGAGAGUAGUGCAGCAGCAGCUCAGGAUGCUCUGACUGACAAGGAGCUGGAACUGAGAGAGAUCAAGUCCCAGAAGGCAGCAGAACAGGGUCUGAUCUCCAAGGAGGACCAUGAAGCACUGCGGCUCUCCAUGCAAGCAGAGAUUAAUGCCAUCACGGCUCGUUUCAACGACCUCACACGCAAACAUGAGAAGACCUGCACUGAGGUGUUCCAGGUCCAGAGGGAGGCUCUCUUUAAUAAGAGUGAGCGGCAGGUUGCGGAGUCUCAACUGGCAGCAGUGCAACAGAAGCUCACAGAAUUACAGGCCCAGUCCAGCCACAUUCAGGAGCUCCAUAAGGGCAUCCAGGAAUCUCAGGGCCUGGUCAAGGAGAAGGACCGUAAGAUAACAGAACUGUCCAAAGAGGUUUUUCGACUAAAGGAGGCUCUGGGAGCUCUUUCACCUCCACUCGGCAUCUCCUCCUCCACCUCCUCCUCCACACACCAUGCUGGUAACCCUGGACAGCAGGUGGCGUUGCAGAACAGAGUAGCUAUCCUCACCCAGCAGCUCCAGGAUUGGGAAAAAAAGCACAAACAAGUGGUGACUGUGUACCGUUCCCAUUUACUGGCAGCUGUACAGGGCCGUAUGGAUGAGGAGGUUCAGGGUCUGCUCCUUCAGAUCCUGAGGAUGACGCAGCAUGGACACUGAACCGUACAUCUCCAAAUCUCUUUCCACUUCCAGUCCCUUUCCAGGUCAGCCUAAAGCAGCUACAGCGCAACAACCUGUAGGACCACUAUCAUAAAGACCACAUCUAGAAAGCCAAAUACAUGUGAUAUGUGGUCAGACAUAGCUGCAUGCGUACAGUAACGUAGACUACAGCUUUAGAGCGUGAGUAAUAACAAAGCAGUGAAAAAAAUAAAACAGUGGAGUGCCUUUUUGUAGAACUACAGCAGCCUAUCAGGAUUUAUGAGAACAGGAGGUGAAUGUGGAUACAAGGUGGUUGUUCAGAAGUUAGAAUCAGAUGGACUGAUUGUGUG